AAACCAUAACAUGUGAGCUAGUCCUGUAGCUGCUCUAUGACCUGAGGCAAUUGCCUCUGAUCUUCUGCACAGGAACUAUACAUCUGAUUGCUGGUAUUUAAUCAAGCCAAACAGCACAUAGGAAAUGCACAAGGACAGAUGCCUCUUCCUGUAAAAUAGGUCCAGAGAACAGGUGGGUGGUAAGAAAUGAGAUUUUUCAUAGGCUCAGAAAAAACUACUGGAUUAUCCAGAGAAAAAGGCACAGUUGGGAUAUAUGUUUGAUUCACAGAAGAGGCCAAAACAUGAACACAGCAUCUGGAAAAGCAAUGGAAAUAGGAGGUCCUCCUUAAUCUCAGGUACCAAUAUGAGUUGCUUCACUUUUUUGAAGGUCAUGAUGGUUUUAUUUAACCUGGCUAUAGCUCUUGGUGGGGCAGUGCUCCUGGGCAUUGGCAUCUGGGUCAGCGUUGACAGCAACUCUUUUGUCAAUCUGUUUGGUCCACUGUCCUCCAAUGUUUUGCAAUUUGUGAAUGUGGGCUACCUCCUCAUCGCCAUCGGAGCUGUCCUGUUUGCGCUGGGCUUCUUAGGAUGCUGUGGAGCUCAGAGAGAGAGCAAGUGCCUUCUGAUCAUGUUCUUCUCCAUUGUCCUGAUCAUCUUCAUAGUUGAAGUUGCUGCUGCAGUGGUGGCUCUGGUCUACACAUCUGUUGCAGAGACUAUACUGGAAGGGACAGUAACUAAAGUAUUGAAAGAAAAUUAUGAAACAAAUGAGGAACUGACAAAGAUCUGGAAUCACACAAUGAGUGAAUGGAAGUGCUGUGGCUUAAUGAACUACAGUGAUUUCAAUAACUCCGCCUACUGGAACAAAUAUAUGAACUAUCCACCAUUCUGCUGCUACAACAGCACCAUAACCUGCACUCCGGAUUUGGCUCAACAGGCCAAUAUAACAGGUUGCUUUCCUCGGUUGUUGUCUGAAAUACGUUCGAAUGCCGCUGUAGUGGGAGGAGUAGCCGCCGGGAUCUGUGCAGUGGAGAUUGCAGCAAUGGCUGUAGCAAUGUACCUAUACUGUCACCUAGAUGAGAAGUGACUGGGAUAGAAAUCUAAGAGGACCGCCAGCCAGAGGCCAGAGACCAGCACUCAUAAUAGCACCUUUUUUCAACCUGUGUCUACAAUAAUCAAAUAUUUCUUGAGCCUGAGGCAUCUCAUGUGAUUAAUUUAUUUGACUCUAUUGAGCUGGAAUCUAUAGCAUGUACAUGAAUGAAAAGUGGUUUGUUAUGGAAUUUUUAUGUUGCAAAGGGCUCUUCUAUUGAAAGCCAGAGAUAAGAAAACUCUAGACUGAAAGGAAAACAGUGUUUCUCCCUUCAGAAGUUGCCUCUGUUACUGCAGGAAACAUUUGGGUGGCAUAAAUACCUGGCAUAGUAUGAAAUCUCUCUCUUCCAGGGAGAAUGAAUGGCUCAGAAUGCUGCCCAUGGUAUUAAAAGGUUCCCAUCUCUAUGCAAAUAAUAAGAGUUCUAACCUCCAGAUGGUAUAAAUGGGAGUCAACUGCACUUCCAAGUAUAAAUACCACCUAACACAAACAAGAAAGAAUAAAAAACCAGCUGGCUGUUGGGGAGUAGUGUUGCAAAGCUUGCAGGCAGAAUCAGUUUUCUCCAUGCCAUUGCAUGAGUGUGGGGUGGGGACUCACCUUGACCAUUUAUGAAUGCACUACUUACCCCGCUGUUUGCUUUGCAGGGGUGUUUUCCUGAGCUUUUUUGUUUACACAGGGAUUCUCCUUUUGCGAAGUGUCCCCAGCUGAGCUGAUGUGCCAUUUUGUCCAUCCCCCACUUCCUUGUUCUUUCUGAACAAGAUUCAUUUGGGAAGGUAGCCUUUGGUAGGCUUUGGUCUAGUGUUUUUUUUUACCAGAUCAUGUCAAUUUCAGCAUCAAUUUUUUUUAAAAAAAGAAAGCACUUCUGAGCAUUUUAAAAUGGUGGCAAAAAUAGUAGGAGAAACUGCUGUUGUGUGGGUUGGG